AUGCUCUCCUACGUUGUGGCCGUCCUGGCGUUCGUCCUGCUCUACAACCCGGUCAACGAGACCUUGCUGGCGCUCGAGGACGUGACGAACCAGACGCUGCAGUGCCCGAGCGACUCAUACUCAGUGCACAUCUUCUCCAAGGAGCCGCUCGUGGUCUACAUUGAGAAUUUCCUGUCGGCCGGCGAGAGGUCUCACCUGCUCGACAUCAGUGAGCCUGUCUUUGAGCCGUCGACCAUCACCCACGACGGCGGUGCGGAGACCCAUCGCGACCAGACCGUCCGCGACUCAGAGGUUGCUUUCAUUCCUCGCUCGGACGGGGUGAGGUGCAUUGAGGCUCGUGCGAGGGCCUUCCAGGGCUGGCGGCAUGAGGUCUGGAUCGAGCGCCUGCGCACCCAGCGGUACCGACCAGGCGGCCACUACAGCCACCACUUCGACUGGAGCUCAUCUUGGGGGGGAUGGGGCCGGGUGAGUAGCUUCAUGGCCUGGGUUGAUGCAUCCGCCGGCGACGGUGGUGAGCGUGUUGGUGGCGGCACGGAGUUCCCUCUUCUGAGACGCCCGAGCCUCGAUGAGAGGUGGUGUCGCUUCGUUGAAUGCGACCAGGUUGUCACUGCUCAAGAUGGCACCGCCAGCCAUGGAGUUGUCUUCAAGCCCAUCUCUGGCAACGCGGUCUAUUGGGAGAACUUUAGGCCGGACGGCACCGGCAGAGGCUGGGAGGAGACAUGGCAUGCGGGUCUUCCUGUAACCCAGGGCAUAAAGGUGGGCUUGAACAUCUGGUCCUGGGGCAGAAUCGACUAG